AUACCUUAUGCGAGGGCUGGUCUGCACUCUGGACUCUGCAGUCCACAAGAGCGGUCAAGGGUGAAGUAGUAUUAACUGCAUGUGAGUUUCGUGGCACUUCUCAGAACCGGAGCUUCUUGCACGUUGAUUUUCACAGCUAUGUCUAAAGAGGACCUGAACGGCAGCGUUAUAGAGCUGAAAGGAGGACUCGAAAAUGCUGGGUUCGAAGAGUAUGGGGAAGGGAGCCAACAGCAGGACCCCAGCGCGCCGGCUAUCGCGUUGUCGCCGGGGGUGCAGGAGGGUGACUAUACCCAGAUCAGACCUUACGCAGGCAUGCCCAAGGAGGUCCUGCUGCGGUACUCGAGCCAGGCGCGCUACCGCCUGCCCCGCGAGCUCCUGUUCUGGCUGAGCGUGCUGUGCACCGUGGCGCUGGUGACGCUCACCGUCACUGUCGUCGCGCUGUCCCCACGGUGCCUGAGCUGGUGGCAGCUGUCGCCCGUGUACCAGAUCUACCCGCGGUCCUUCCAAGACUCGGACAACGACGGCGUCGGAGACCUGAAAGGUAUUCAGAGCAGACUGGACUACUUCCAGUACCUCAACGUGAAGGCAAUCUGGAUCAGCCCGUUCUACAAGUCGCCCAUGAAGGACUUCGGUUAUGAUGUGGAGGACUUCAGGGCCAUUGACCCCAUUUUUGGGAACAUGGAAGAUUUUGAAGAUCUGCUUGCUUCAAUGCAUGACAAGGGCCUAAAACUGAUCAUGGACUUCAUUCCCAACCACACCAGCGACAAGCAUAUUUGGUUUCAGAUGAGUCGAAAUGGGACAGAGAAGUACAAGGAUUACUAUAUCUGGCACGACUGUCAGAACACAUCCAAUGGAACUAUUUAUCCUAACAACUGGGUGAGCGUGUUUGGAAACUCAGCAUGGGAGUAUGAUCCAAUGCGGAACCAGUGCUAUCUCCAUCAGUUCCUGAAAGAGCAACCGGAUUUGAACUAUCGGAACCCUGAGGUGAUGAAAGAAAUGAUGGAUGUGAUCCGGUUUUGGCUGGAAAAAGGGGUGGAUGGAUUCCGAGUGGACGCCGUGAAGCACCUGCUGGAAGCUCAACACUUGAGGAAUGAACCUCAGGUGAACUCGGAUCAACCCCCUGAGAACAUCAGCUCACACGUUGAGCUUUAUCAUGACUAUACAACGACUCAGCUGGGGCUGCAUACCAUCCUGCAAGAGUGGCGUGCCUUGAUGGAUGAGUACAGCAGAGAGCCAGGCCGCUACAGGUUUAUGGUGACAGAGUCCUAUGAUGAAGGAGAGAUUGACAAGUCUAUGAUGUACUAUGGAACCCCUCUUGUAAAAGAAGCCGAUUUCCCUUUUAACUUCUACCUCAUUGAUCUUCCUGACAACCUGUCUGGUAAUGGUGCCUUCAAACUCGUGGAUUUAUGGAUGUCUAAUAUGCCAAAAGGAAAAUGGCCAAACUGGGUGGUUGGAAAUCAUGAUAAGAGUCGAAUAUUGUCACGCACAGGGAAGGAAUACAUCAAUGUUAUCAAUAUGCUCCUCCUCACUCUGCCUGGUACUCCCACUACAUAUUAUGGCGAGGAGAUUGGUAUGGAAAACAUCAACGUGUCUGUCAGUGAGAUUCAAGACCCAUUAGGGAAGUUCAAUAUAAGUGAGAACCGCGACCCAGCGAGGUCACCGAUGCAGUGGGACAGCACUGAGAAUGCUGGGUUCAGCAAGAACAAAACCUGGCUUUCAGUUCACCCGGACUACGUCACUGUAAAUGUAGAGGCGCAGAAGGCGGAGAGCUGGUCCGUCCUGCAGCAGUACCGUGCCCUGAGCUUCCUGCGCGAGAGCGAGCUCCCCUUGCACCGGGGCUGGACCUGCUUUGUGCUGAGCAGCCGAGACAUCUUCGCCUUCGUCAGGGAGCUGGACGGCUACCCCCGAGCCUUCCUCAUCGUGCUCAACCUCGCCAACCGCACCACCACGGACCUGGCCUCCGUGCUGCCGGAUCUCCCAGCGCAGCUCAGCGUGCGGAUGAGCACCCGCGACUCGGCCGCCGGCCAGAGUCGGCAAGCAGCCCGUCUUGAAACGGAGCGGGGGGAGGGGCUGGUGCUGGAGUACACGGCCACCCGCCUCGUCCACAACAGCCCCGCCUUCCAGGACAAGUGCUUUGUCUCGGAGAAAGCCUGCUACCAAAGCACACUGGGCAUCCUGUACAAGAACUGCUGACAGAACGUAUGACUUGUGUGGAAACCCAUAUGGACGGGGUUUGACAAUCACAGAGUCUUGAAGGAUUUGCUAAGCAUAACAGUUUUUCUGCCUCUUUGAUCAGAUUGUUUUUAGAACAAUGCUUUAUAAUCUGUUCGCUUUCCAAUUAAAUAGGUGCAAGUAAAAAAAAUCCUUCUUUU